AUAGUUUAGAGUUUAUCUAAUACGCGGCGCUUGAGUAUCCUCCAGCAUGAUUUUCCUCACCUCAUCCUCAUGCGCCAGGCAAACCGAGCCGCAGCAGCUGGUCGGGGGUGGUUCCACGAGCGGUAUGUUGAGCAAUAUUAUUUUUCAUUUCUCCGUCAACUGAUAACCGAUUCCCGGCUUUACUGACUUGCAGAAAGUGGCCAGAGCUGCUGAUAACGACACCAAGGCGUUCGGAGUGAUUCUGAUCGGCAGAUUACAGGAAGACUGAUAAAAAAGAGAUAACAAUAUGAUCUGCUAGGCUUACGCAUUUAGUGAUUCACUCGUGCUUGAAACCUGGAUUCUGAAUAUGUGGGCUUGGAUCGAGUCCUUAAACGACCCUCACCUGGUUCUUCGCAUCCAGAAUUUCUUUGGAGUUUACCGAAAAACACAGCUAAAGAGCAAUGGAGUCAAAGAAAAACGGCAAAUCCUCAACUUGCGGCGCCGCAAGUCAAAAUCAGAGUCGGAUGAUAACGAGCCGGCAAGUUUGCCAUCGUCUGACUCCGAAGCGGAUACUAAAGACUUUGUAGUGACCAAUAAGUUCUGGUAUUACCUCUUCACAUUCGGCACGAUACUCGGAGAUGAAAUAUUUUACGCCUGCUUCAUUCCAUUUUGGUUUUGGAAUGUGGACGGGGCGGUUGGACGCAGAUUUGUAAUGGUCUGGGCCAUUGUUAUGUACAUAGGACAAGGUAUCAAAGACAUUGUGAGAUGGCCCCGUCCAGCGUGUCCACCAGCCAUUAGAGUCCAAAAGAAAUGGUCUCUGGAGUAUGGGAUGCCUUCAACACAUGCCAUGGUUGGAGUGGCCAUCCCGUUCUCAAUCCUCUUUUACACAGUCAAUCGUUACCAGUAUAAUUUUACCAUUGGACUGAUGUUUGCCAUCACUUGGUGUGCCGUCGUCUGUGUUAGCAGACUGUAUCUUGGAAUGCAUUCCAUAUCAGACGUGAUUGGUGGACUGGUGCUCGUCACCCUGCUGAUGAUCCCUAUCAUUCCUCUGGAAGACGCUUUGGAUCCGUGGAUCUUGACUUCGGACUGGUCUCCGUACAUUAUUUUUUUAGCUGCAGUGUUUCUCGUCAUACUUGCCCCAAAGAGUGAUAAGUGGACGCCCACUAGGGGUGACACUACUGUCAUCAUCGGAGUGAGCUCCGGCAUCCAACUGGCUUCCUGGCUGAAUUACAAAAUGGGUUUCAUGCAAGAAUCUCUGCUGCAGCCGCCUUACACCAUCAUUUGGCCUUCAUAUCAAAUGUUUGGGCUUCUCUUGCUGAGAACUGUGAUUGGCUUUUGCUGCACAAUUGCCACCAGGGCCAUCUUCAGGUGGUCCUCGUACAUUACAAUGUGCGCUGUGCUGCAGCUGGACCGCGACUCCAUGAAGCAAAGGGACGUGGCCAACCAGCGGCAAACCAUUGUCGAGUUGACCUACAAGUUUAUUACCUACUUUGCCAUUGGCAUCAACACCAUAUGGCUCCAGCCAAACACUUUCCGACUCAUUGGUAUUGAGAGACCGUCGUUCUACACAGAAAUUUAGCUCCUGUCCAAAAACACGUUUAAAGUAAUUUGCGUUUAUUAAAUAUAUUAUGGUUGUUUGUUAGUGCACAAAGGACGGGGUGGACGGUUCUGUUUUGUGAAUCUCAUUAAAAUGGUGAUUCUGAAGUUCAAAUUUUGUAUUUAAUGCAGCUAGAAUUGUCUAGAUAAUUCUUCUUGCUUGGCUCUAUUAAGCCAGAGCAUUAUCUACUGCAGCAAUUCUCUGAACAGGAAACUCUUUAUCUCUUGAGCUGAAACCACAUAAUCAGAAUGUCACGGAUUUGAACCAUGACCGUGAAUAUAUAUAAAAGAACGAAAUAAGAUAAUGAAAUUUUUAUUUAGAACAGUUGUUUAAACGCAUUAGCUGUCUGGCGCUCUGUAGCUUUUUUGGAUAUAACCCUGUGAUGCUUUAUAAUUUCAUUUUGAGUGUAUAUAAGAGUUAAGCAAACAGUAAAUUGGCCCCUUUCAUCUGCUUUGAUACAAUGCGUGUGCGUGCCCACCCCAAAGGCACCCCCAGCAUUUGCUUUGCGAUCCAUCAUUUUAAUUCCCUCUGAGUCAUUGCAUGGAUCAACCCCUCGCGUUUGUUCAUGCCUGUCGGAGCAUCUCCUAAUUCCCCCCUAAAAAUUUAAAUUCAGAGUCCGAGAGCAGUCGAACCAACCCUCGAUGAAGAAGUGGCAAAGAUUUGGACAUUUUGCUUGUUUUGCUCUUGAACUAAUAAAAACGACAAUUUCAUAACCAA